AUGAUAACAGCACAGAAAUCUCUCCUGACCAGUCAGCCAGGGCAGAAAGACUCUCCUGGCCAGCAAAUCCGGGCGCCUCACGCCAAUGGAAAAGCAGAUGUGGAAAAAAGCAUGACGAAGGUGGGCAACAGCUGGAAGCAAGCUGACGGUCACUCAUCUACACCUGUCUUUGGUGAGCGCCACUCUCAGGUGUGUGGGGACACCUCCAGUUCCCCCCCCAACUUUCCGAGUCUCUAUCCACAUGAAGCUGAAGGCAGUAACUCCUUCCUCCAUCUAUCCAUGCCUGACAAUACGUGUGGAACUAAACCCGCCUUUUUGAAGAGAUGCAAGAGAAAAAAAGACAAAGGACAUACGGGCCGGUUAUUAAAGUCUCUGUGCUUCACCAGUCUUUCCUUCCUGUUGCUUCACAUCAUUUUCCACAUCACGUUGGCCAGCCUGGAAGCUCAACAUCGUAUCGGACCUGGUUACAACUGCUCAACAUGGGAAAAGACAUUUCGGCAGAUUGGCUUUGAAAGCUUAAAGGGAGCUGAUGCCGGCAAUGGGAUCAGAGUGUUUGUGCCUGAUAUCGGGAUGUUCAUUGCUAGUCUGACCAUCUGGCUCGUCUGCAGGAACAUCGUUCAGAAACCCGUGACCGAAGAAGGAGCACAGUAUAACUCGGAGUUUGAAAAUGAAGAAUUGGCCGGAGGAGAGAAAAAUAGAUCCAGAAGAGGCACUGAUCUACGAAGAGGAUUUAGAUGAAGGGGACGGUGUGGAAGGCGAGGUGGAAGAGAGCACAAAGUUAAAAAUGUUCCGCAGACUCGCCUCGGUGGCCUCCAAGCUUAAGGAGUUUAUCGGCAACAUGAUAACCACUGCUGGAAAGUUGUGGUGACCAUUUUACUCGGUUCAUCAGGUAUGAUGUGCCAUCUUUGACCUCAUCUGUGUACUUCUUUGUAUUUUGGGUCUGUGCACCUGGUGGUCCUGGUGCCGGACGUUUGAUCCAUUGCUGUUCAGCUGUCUCUGUGGUGCUGCUGGCUAUUUUCACUGCGGGGCACUUGAUUGGACUUUAUUUAUACCAGUUCCAGUUCUUUCAAGAAGCAGUUCCACCCAAUGACUACUA